AUGCACGCUUGGCAGUCUAUGGAUAAGAGCGACAACAUGUCACCGCUCUAUACACUUAGUGUUACUGACCCACAGGCCAACCUCUCUUUCGGUGUUUUGGGAAUAUUGCUUCCACCACUUGGGUUUUCUUUCCCUCUUCCCGAGAAAUUCGGAAUUGCUAUGUGGCCCUCGAACACCCAGUCAUUGAUGCCCAAUUGCUCGAACUAUGCACGAUCAUUGGUUCCGAGCUGCAAUCUGUAUCGGAGCGCUCGGUCCACAGUGGCUUCGACGUUUCGCUCCCAAAUCUAUGCUCUUACCUCUCCUGCCUAG